AUGAACGCGGCUGCCAGCAGUUACCCGAUGGCGUCGCUGUACGUGGGGGACCUGCACCCCGAUGUCACCGAGGCCAUGCUCUACGAGAAGUUCAGCCCCGCUGGGCCCGUUCUAUCGAUUCGGGUCUGCAGGGAUAUGAUCACCCGCCGGUCCCUCGGGUAUGCCUAUGUCAACUUCCAGCAGCCAGCGGAUGCUGAGCGUGCUCUAGAUACCAUGAAUUUUGAUGUGAUCAAAGGAAAACCCAUUCGCAUCAUGUGGUCUCAGAGGGACCCCUCCUUGAGGAAGUCAGGGGUUGGGAAUGUCUUCAUUAAGAACCUGGACAAAUCCAUUGAUAACAAGGCACUUUAUGACACAUUCUCAGCGUUUGGGAAUAUUUUGUCCUGCAAGGUGGUGUGUGAUGAGAAUGGCUCUAAGGGCUACGCAUUUGUGCACUUUGAGACCCAGGAUGCUGCAGAUAGAGCCAUCGAGAAGAUGAACGGCAUGCUGCUGAACGACCGCAAAGUAUUUGUUGGGAGAUUCAAGUCUCGUAAAGAGCGGGAGGCUGAGUUGGGAGCCAAGGCAAAGGAAUUCACCAAUGUUUAUAUUAAAAACUUUGGGGAUGACAUGGAUGAUGAAAGACUAAAGGAGCUCUUCAGCAAAUAUGGUAAAACUCUCAGUGUUAAAGUGAUGACAGACCCCGCUGGAAAAUCCAAAGGCUUUGGCUUUGUAAGCUUUGAAAAGCAUGAAGAUGCUAACAAGGCAGUAGAAGAAAUGAACGGAAAGGAUAUCAAUGGGAAAAUGGUAUUUGUAGGCCGAGCACAGAAGAAGGUUGAGCGCCAGGCAGAGCUGAAACGGAAGUUUGAACAGCUAAAACAAGAGAGACUCAGCCGGUACCAGGGUGUUAACUUGUACAUUAAAAACCUAGAUGACACUAUAGAUGAUGAAAAACUGAGGAAGGAGUUCUCACCUUUUGGGUCGAUAACGAGCGCCAAGGUGAUGCUGGAAGAUGGACGGAGCAAAGGGUUUGGCUUUGUCUGCUUUUCCUCUCCAGAGGAAGCUACGAAAGCUGUGACAGAGAUGAAUGGGCGAAUUGUGGGCUCUAAGCCACUGUAUGUUGCACUUGCGCAAAGGAAAGAAGAGCGAAAGGCCCAUCUAACUAAUCAGUACAUGCAGCGCAUUGCUGGGAUGAGAGCCUUGCCUGCCAACACCAUCAUUAAUCAGUUCCAGCCUGCUGCUGGGGGAUAUUUCAUGCCUGCUGUGCCCCAGGCUCAGAGCAGACCCACUUACUAUGCACCAAAUCAGAUGACGCAGAUGAGACCCAACCCACGCUGGCAGCAAGGGGGAAGGCCUCAAGGCUUCCAGGGAAUGCCCAAUGCCAUGCGCCAGUCUGGACCACGGCCAGCACUGCGCCAUCUGGCCCCUGCCGGCAAUGCUCCGGCCUCUCGUGGCCUCCCUGCCGCUGCCCAGCGGGUUGGCAUCGGCGCUGCAGCGCAGAACUUAGCUCCUCGUCCGCCUGUAGCUGCCCCUGCUCCCAGAGCGGUUUCUCCUUACAAAUACGCCUCCAGUGUCCGCAGCCCCCACCCAGCCGUACAGCCUUUGCAGGCAGCUCAGCCUGCAGUACAUGUGCAGGGACAGGAACCGCUAACGGCCUCCAUGCUGGCUGCUGCCCCUCCCCAGGAGCAGAAACAGAUGCUGGGAGAACGCUUGUUCCCUCUGAUUCAAGCUAUGCACCCAAGCCUUGCUGGGAAGAUCACAGGAAUGCUGCUAGAGAUUGACAACUCGGAGCUCCUGCACAUGCUAGAGUCUCCGGAGUCCCUCCGGUCAAAGGUGGAGGAGGCCGUUGCUGUGUUGCAGGCUCACCAGGCCAAGAAGGAAGCUGCCCAGAAGGUGGGCGGCGUGGUUGCUGCUACCUCUUAA